AUGGAUGUCAAUUCGGUGCUUCUCAACACAUUCUCCGCAGAUGCGACGACACGAAACAACGCAGAACAGCAACUCACACAAGCUGCCGAGUCGAACUUCGCUGAAUACCUCGUAAUACUCGUACAACAACUUGCGAACGAGGAGGCACAGGGUCCUGUUCGCGCUGCUGCUGGCAUUGCGCUCAAGAACGCCUUCACCGCACGCGAAUUUGCCCGAUUACACGAUUUGCAAGAGAAAUGGCUGCAGCAGGACGCGGAAACGAAGAAGAGAGUCAAGAACUUGACCCUCGGAGCUCUCGCCAGCAGCAACAGUCAAGCUGGGCAAGCGGCUGCUCAAGUGGUUGCUGCUGUGGCAGCUAUCGAAAUUCCACGAGACCAGUGGCCAGAGCUUAUGCCUACAUUGGUGCGAAAUGUUGGCGAGGGCGGUGAUCAUCUCAAGCAGACUUCGUUAACCACGAUCGGAUUUAUCUGCGAGAGUCAGGACGCCGAAUUGCGAAGCAGUCUCAUUCAACACUCCAAUGCCAUCUUGACUGCGGUCGUCCAGGGCGCCAGAAAGGAGGAGCCAAACGCAGAAGUGCGGCUUGCCGCCAUCUAUGCGCUUGGGGACUCUCUCGAAUUCGUAGACAGCAACUUCAGAAAUGAAGGUGAGCGGAAUUACAUCAUGCAGGUCAUCUGCGAAGCUACACAAGCACCGGACACCAGAAUACAACAGGGCGCGUUUGGAUGUUUGAAUAGGAUUAUGUCGUUGUACUAUGAGCUCAUGCGCUUCUACAUGGAGAAGGCGCUCUUUGGCCUCACAAUCAUGGGCAUGAAAAGCGACGAAGAGGACGUUGCCAAGCUUGCGGUAGAAUUCUGGAGUACCGUGUGUGAGGAGGAAAUUGCAAUUGAAGAUGACAAUGCACAGAUUGAGAAUCCUGAUGAGCUGCGACAGAUUUUCCACUUUUCCAACGUCGCUACUAACGAGGUGGUUCCAGUUCUUCUCACACUAUUGACCAAACAAGACGAGGACGCUGCAGAUGAUGAGUACAAUCUUUCCAGAGCUGCCUACCAAUGUCUUCAACUUUACGCCCAGGCAGUUGCCGGUUCCAUCAUCUCUCCCGUAUUAGCUUUCGUCGAGGCAAAUCUUAGACACGAAGAUUGGCACAACAGAGAUGCUGCGGUUUCCGCUUUUGGCGCAAUCAUGGAGGGCCCAGAUGACAAGACUAUCGAGCCCAUCGUCAAGCAAGCUCUUCCAGUCAUCAUCAGUAUGAUGGACGACAAAGUAAUCCAUGUUACCGACUCUACCGCAUAUGCUCUUGGCCGCAUCACAGAAGCUUGCUCCGAGGCUAUUGACCCUGUGGCCCAUCUACCAAAGUUGAUCGCCUCUCUCUUUGGUGGCCUUGUCAGUAGUCCAAAAAUGGCAGGGUCAUGCUGUUGGGCUUUAAUGAAUCUUGCGGAGAGGUUCUCUGGUGAAAUUGGCUGCGAAGAAAAUGCCUUAACUCCACAUUUCAACGAGAGCAUCACACGCCUUCUCCAAGUCACCGAACGCGGUGAUGCAGACAACCAACUUCGAACAGCAGCCUACGAAGUCCUCAACACUUUUGUUCAAAAUGCUGCCAACCAAAGCCUGGGGUCCGUUGCUUCGCUUUCAGACGUCAUAAUCAAGCGCCUCGAAAGUACGAUACCUCUGCAAGCACAAGUCGUUAGCGUCGAAGACAAGAUUACUCUGGAAGAAAUGCAGACCAGUCUUUGCACGGUUUUGUUGGCAAUCAUCCAGCGCCUGGAGAAAGAGAUUGCACCCCAAGCAAAUCGCAUCAUGACGGUCCUGCUACAGAUACUUACGAAUUCUGGACCUAAAUCUAGCGUGCCUGACGCUGUUUUUGCCACUGUUAGCUCUUUGGCAAACGCUCUGGAGGAGGAGUUCUCCCCGUACAUGGAGGCUUUCUCACCAUUUCUCUACAACGCUCUUGGUAACCAAGAAGAACCAGCACUUUGUUCCAUGGCAAUUGGUCUUGUUAGCGACAUCACUCGCUCCCUGGGUCCACUAUGCCAGCCAUAUUGUGAUACAUUUAUGAACUAUUUAUUGAAUAAUCUACGGAGUACCGCGCUCGCAAACCAAUUCAAGCCUGCAAUCCUCCAGUGCUUUGGUGAUAUUGCUGGUGCCAUUAGUGGCCACUUCGAAACGUAUCUUUCAGUCGUUGCUCAAGUUCUUCAGCAGGCAGCUGGUGUUCAAGCAAGCCCAGACGGUUCGUAUGAGAUGUUCGACUAUGUCAUCUCGUUGCGCGAGGGUAUCAUGGAUGCGUGGGGCGGAAUUAUCGGUGCCAUGAAAGUCAGCAACAAAACCGCACUUCUGACUCCAUAUGUUGAAUCCGUAUUUACUCUCCUGAAUACCGUUUAUCUUGACCCAAGUCGAAGCGAUGCGUUGAUGAGAUCUUCUAUGGGUGUUAUCGGUGAUCUCUCUGACGCAUUCCCCAAUGGAGAAUUUGCUGGUUUCUAUCGAGCAGAUUGGUUGACUGCGAUGAUCAAGGAUACCAAACAGAAUCGCGAGUUCCAAACACGAACAAUCGAGACCGCCAGAUGGGCACGAGAACAAGUGAAACGUCAGAUCGGGCUAGGCACCCAACAAACCUGA